AACAAAACAAAAAAAAAAGAAAAAAAGAAGAAGAAAUUUCCAAUGUGCGCUGCUGAGUACGCGUCGUGAAUAUUAAAUUCCAAUUCGUAAAAUUCAACGCGACCAAGUUUUCAUCAUCUUCAUCUUCUUCUCAACCAUCAUCUUCUUGUUCAACUCGUUCUGCGAUCGAAUCCAUCACGGAAAUUCGCAAUCGAAGAAACAAGAACGAGAGGUAAAUCUGAAGAUGUCGAAGCAGGAAGAACCAGUCGUGGGAGUUCCGUACUACGUGGCGCAGAAUCCUUAUCAGGCAGGCGCAAUUCCCCCAAACGCCUUCGUCGGAGAUCCCAAGGGAAUUCCGAUCCAGCAGACCAUUUACAGAGACACUCCCGCCCCUUUUAGCUGCGUCUACUGCGGCAAUUCUGGUCUCACUUCCGUCAGAUCGAAGCCGAGUUUGGCAGCUGUUGUUGGUUGCAUGAUGCCGAUGAUGCUUGGAAUUUGCUUUCUCUGCCCUUCAAUGGAUUGUCUCUGGCAUAAGUAUCAUUAUUGCCCAAACUGCAAGGAAAAGGUUGCCGAUUUCGAGAAAUCAGAUGUUUGUGCUGUGAUGGAUCCGCCACACUGGACUCAGGAAAGCUUUGCAUUGCCUGCAGCGAUAUAAGUUUGUUCUGCAUACUGUAACUCUGCUGUGUUUCGCCUUACUUUCUCAUCUGAUUGUUUGGAACCACAGGGAAUGCUUUCUCGUACAUAUAUUCUUUAAGUGCGGUUGUAAAAGAACAAUAUAUUUUCUAAGUAUAUUAAUACUAUUCUGUUUGCCAGGAUGUUAUAA